GGAAACUUCCUGCUUCUCUUCCUGCGGCCACAAAGAGCGGUCCUAGUGCCCUCCACAUGGUCCUAGUGCCCUCCUCAUUCCCUAACCGCCAUUAAACAACAACAAAAAGAACGACGAAGCCAAGUUGGAAGUGGUCCAUUAAAAGGUUGAUAGCGCGACCUCCUCUACUGUAGAAUGUAGUAUGGACCAUAGGACAGGACGAAGACCUCCUGUACUGUAGAAUGUAGUAUGGACCAUAGGACAGGACGUUAAGAAGCCGUGGAGGCCUAAGAUGCUCUACUAGUCUGCUGGAAAUCCAAAGAAGACGAAGGAGUAAAAAGCAAAAUGGCGUUUGACAAAGAAGGCCUAAACGUGGCCACUGGCCAUUAUUGUUUCUCUAUUUGUAUUUAGUGCAUACAUGUACGCAUAUAUGUCGUGUAGUAGAUGAAACAUUGUUUGUAUCCGGAUACAUUAGUCGGAGCGCACUUUAUCAAGUCUUAGCUUGCUACUUAGCUUAGCUUGUUAGCUGCUAACAAAGAGACGCGGACGUUAUCAACACAUCGCUAAGUAGACAUCAAAUGUGAGUGUAAAGUGUUGUGAUUGUGUGAACAUGUGAGUGUAAAGUGUUGUGAUUGUGUGAACAUGUGAGUGUAAAGUGUUGUGAUUGUGUGAACAUGUGAGUGUAAAGUGUUGUGAUUGUGUGAACAUGUGAGUGUAAAGUGUUGUGAUUGUGUGAACAUGUGAGUGUAAAGUGUUGUGAUUGUGUGAACAUGUGAGUGUAAAUUGUUGUGAUUGUGUGAACAUGUGAGUGUAAAGUGUUGUGAUUGUGUGAACAUGUGAGUGUAAAUUGUUGUGAUUGUGUGAAAGUAUGAGGAGGAACUUUGUCCAACAAAAGAGGAGAAGGAGCGACAACAUCAACUAUGGACGCUAUUUUCAAGAAACAUCAAGUCAGACGUCCAGCAGCCCCCCACAUUAAAGAGGAAGAGGAGGAUCCACAGCCCACCCACAUUAAAGAGGAAGAGGAGGAAGAGUGUGUUGUAUGGCAGGAGGAGGAUGAUGUCAGCAAGUUUCCACUGACUGUUGUCUCUGUGAAGACUGAAGAGCAUGAAGACAAAGCACCUGAGUCCUCACAGCUUCAUCACAGUCCAAACGUCCAGCAGCCCCCCCACAUGAAAGAGGAAGAGGAGGAUCCACAGCCCCCCCACAUGAAAGAGGAAGAGGAGGGAGGGUGUCCUGUAGGGCAGGAGGAGGAUGAUGUCAGCAAGUUUCCACUGACUGUUGUCUCUGUGAAGACUGAAGAGCAUGAAGACAAAGCACCUGAGUCCUCACAGCUUCAUCACAGUCCAAAUGUCUGUAAAGAACAACUUCUGCCUGAAAAACAGGAGAGUAGCUUCAGGAUGUUGGAGGAUCCACCAAAGAGGAAGACCAGGCACCACGGACCCUCUGGUGUAUUCUUUUCCUCUUUGACACAGACCCUUCCCUGUAAAAAAGAAGAGGAAGACUCACUGACCCCCCACAUUAAAGAGGAAGAGGAGGAACACAGCAUCAGUCAGGAGGGAGAUCAUAUUGAAGGACUGGUGGAGUUCCCAGUGACUGGUGUCCCUGUGAAGAGUGAAGAUGAUGAGGUCAAAGGUGAGCGUGAGGAGAAGAGAGAGGCGGAGCCUCCAAGCAGCAGCUCAACACAACACAUGACAACAGAAGGUGAUGGAGACCACUGUGGAGGAUCACAAGCAGACAAGAUGUUAGCUCCACUAUCAGAUAGUGAGGACACAACGUCACACUCUCCUGACACUGAUGAUGAACACUCUAAAGAUGAUAAGACAUGUCACACUGACAACACUCACUUCACAUGUUCUCACUGUCACAAAACUUUUAAAUACCAUAGUGAUCUGAAAACAAACACAAGAAGACACACUGGUGAAAAAACUUUUAUCUGUUCAAUCUGUAGUAAAGGUUUUGUAGAAAGUCACAAAUUGAAAGUACACAGGAAAACACACACUGGUGAAAAACCUUUUUCUUGUUCAAUCUGCGGUAAAGGUUUUACACAGAGUCAAAAUUUGAAAAAACACACGAGAACACACACUGGUGAAACACCUUUUUCUUGUUCAAUCUGUGGUAAAGGUUUUACACAAAGUCAAUAUUUGAAAAUACACAUGAGAGCACACACUGGUGAAAAACCCUUUUCCUGUUCAAACUGUGGUAAAGGUUUUACACAAAGUCAAUAUUUGAAAGUACACAUGAGAAGACACACUGGAGAAAAACCUUUUUCCUGUUCAACCUGUGGUAAAGGUUUUACACAUAGUCAAUAUUUGAAAGUGCACAAGAGAGCGCAUGCUGGUGAAAAACCUUUUUCCUGUUCAACCUGUGGUAAAGGUUUUACACAAAGUCAAGGUUUGAAAAGACACAUGAGAACACACACUGGUGAAAAACCCUUUUCCUGUUCAACCUGUGGUAAAGGUUUUACACAAAGUCAAGAUGUGAAAGUACACAUGAGAACACACACUGGUGAACAACCUUUUUCCUGUUCAACCUGUGGUAAAGGUUUUACACAAAGUCAAGUUUUGAAAUUACACAUGAGAACACACACUGGUGAAAAACCUUUUUCCUGUUCAAUCUGUGGUAAAGGUUUUACACGAAGUCAAUAUUUGAAAGUACACAUGAAAACACACACUGGUGAAAAACCUUUUACUUGUUCAAUCUGUGGUAAAAGUUUUACACGAAGUCAACAUUUGAAAGUACACAUGAAAACACACACUGGUGAAAAACCUUUUACUUGUUCAAUCUGUGGUAAAAGUUUUACACAAAGUCAAAAUUUGAAAGUACACAUGAGAGCACACACUGGUGAAACACCUUUUUCUUGUUCAAUCUGUGGUAAAGGUUUUACACAAAGUCAAGAUUUGAAAGUACACAUGAGAACACACACUGGUGAAAAACCCUUUUCCUGUUCAAACUGUGGUAAAGGUUUUACACUUAGGCAAUCUUUGAAAACACACAUGAGAACACACGCUGGUAAAACAACUUUUUCCUGUUCAACCUGUGGUAAAGGUUUUAAACAAAGUCAAGAUUUGAAAGUACACAUGAGAACACACACUGGUGAAAAACCUUUUUCCUGUUCAACCUGUGGUAAAGGUUUUACACAAAGUCAACAUUUGAAAGUACACAUGAGAACACACACUGGUGUAAAACCAUUUUCCUGUUCAACCUGUGGUAAAGGUUUUACACAAAGUCAACAUAUGAAAGCACACGUGAGAACACACACUGGUGUAAAACCUUUUUCCUGUUCAACCUGUGGUAAAGGUUUUACACAAAGACAACAUAUGAAAGCACACAUGAGAGCACACACAGGAGAGAAAGUGUUGAGUUGCAGUGUGUGUGGUGAAAGAUUCUCUUAUAAGUACCAGUGUAAGAAACACAAGUGUGCUGGUGAGAACAGCAGCAGCAAAUGAAACUGCAGGAUUUGAAAUAAACUGUCAAGACUUUAAUGUUGACUUUGCCGUCAAGGGACGGCGUGGCGAAGUUGGGAGAGUGGCCGUGCCAGCAAUCUGAGGGUUACUGGUUCAAUCCCCACCUUCUACCAUCCUAGUCACGUCCGUUGUGUCCUUGGGCAAGACACUUCACCCUUGCUCCUGAUGGGUCCUGGUUAGCGCCUUGCAUGGCAGCUCCCACCAUCAGUGUGUGAAUGUGUGUGUGAAUGGGUGAAUGUGGAAAUACUGUCAAAGCGCUUUGGGCUCCUUUAAAAAGGGGUAGAAAAGCGCUAUACAAGUACAACCAUUUAUUUAUUUUACUUUCUAACAUCAGCACAUAUAACAUGUGUGACAUUGUUGUUUGUGUAACUAUCUUUUUAAUAUGCUACUACAUUUAUAGAUUAGAUGGUUUGAAAUAUGGAAAUAUUACAUAUUUGUAUUUCUAAUUGUUAAUAAUCCCAUAGAUUAGCCCCUAUUUAUAACAUACAUAUUUACUGGUUCACAUCUGAAACAUCUUAUCAUAUUAUUAUUUACUUUAUACAUCAUUUGAACACUUGUCUUUUAUACCAUUUUAAAAUGUGUGACUUUAUGAAUUAUUUGUUGGGUCUCUAUAAUCCAUUUUAGUAAUGAUCUUUAUUACUCUUUUUUUGUGAUAUGAUGAUUGUGUUGUGAUUGUUUUAUAUGUAUGUCCCCAGACCUUUAUGCAAUAUAAAAGUGAGAGAAAAUGGCUGAAUUGUUUGUGGAAGGAUGUUUUAUUUUAUUUUUUUACAAAUUUACAUUCGUGGAUUAAACAAAGAUUCCC